UCGGACGCAGUUGUCAACAAUCAAAACAGCCGCCAUAUUUUGCCUCUUGUUGUAACGCUCCUGGGCUUCCUCCUUCACCUUCCCCUCUGGUAUGCCUAGGAGAUCAAAAUAAGGAUAGAUAUCAGUGUAGAGAGGAUAGGAUGCACACCUCUAACCCAUCGCCUUGUUUUGUGUCACGUUUAGUUAUGGAUCGUGAGUAUGAGAGGCGUCUUCUCAGGCAACAAAAUGGACCUGUCUCAUCACCAGCAUCACCAUUGUCACCCCGACGCCAGCUGGCCCACAUUUCAGUGCAAUCCCCCAGCAAAGACCGCACUGGGGACAGAUUCAUCCCCACACGAGUAGGUGCCAACUGGGAUGUUAACUUUGCUCUGAUUCAGGAGAACAACAAAGCCAACAGUGAGGUGCGGAAAGGGCGUGAGGGAGGAGAAGGCAAGGAUGGAGUAGCCUACACAACUCUACUGAGGAAUGAACUCUUGGGCACAAGCAUUGAGGAUCUUCGAGACACUCCUGAUGAAAGAAGAGCGCUGUCACCUGUUCAGAGUCCCAACUUGUACCAUUUCUCUCCUCGCAAAAAUCAGCAGCGGGAGGACACACUGUCACCCUAUUCCCUCUCCCCUGUUAGUGCCAAGAGCCAAAAACUGCUGAGAUCCCCAAGGAAGGCAGCACGCAAAAUAUCAAAGAUACCAUUUAAGGUACUUGAUGCUCCAGAGUUACAGGAUGACUUUUACCUCAACCUGGUGGACUGGAGCUCUCAAAAUGUUCUCUCUGUAGGAUUAGGUCACUGUGUGUACUUGUGGUCAGCAUACACCUCACAGGUCACUCGGCUGUGUGACCUUUCCCCCGAUGGUGACACAGUGACCUCAGUGUCUUGGUCAGAAAGGGGCAACCAGGUGGCAGUAGGCACACACAAAGGGUUGGUGCAGGUAUGGGACGUGGCCAGCAGCAAGCGAGUGUGCAUUCUGAACGGUCACACAGCUCGUGUUGGAGCACUGGCGUGGAAUGGGGAUGUCCUAUCCUCAGGUUCCCGGGACAGACUAAUCCUUCAACGUGAUGUAAGGACUCCCUGCAUCAUCCCAGAUCGCAGGCUAGCUGGACACCGGCAGGAAGUGUGUGGGCUAAAGUGGUCACCGGACAGCCAAUACCUGGCCUCAGGUGGGAAUGACAACAAGUUAUUUGUGUGGAAUCUUCACUCUCUCACAGCUGUUCAGACGUACACUGAGCACAAUGCAGCAGUAAAAGCUAUUGCUUGGUCACCACACCACCAUGGGCUGUUGGCUAGUGGUGGUGGAACAGCUGAUCGCUGCAUACGUUUCUGGAACACCUUGACAGGACAACCGAUGCAGUGCAUUGACACUGGAUCUCAAGUUUGCAAUCUGGCAUGGUCCAAACACGCAUCAGAACUGGUAUCCACUCAUGGAUAUAGUCAGAACCAGAUCUUGGUGUGGCGUUACCCACUCCUUGCCCAGGUGGCCAAGCUUACCGGCCACACGUACCGGGUGCUGUACCUUGCCAUGUCGCCAGAUGGGGAGGCUAUUGUUACUGGUGCUGGGGAUGAGACUCUGCGCUUCUGGAAUGUCUUCAGUAAAGCACGCUCUCAGAAGGAAUCCAAGUCUGCACUCAACCUCUUCACAUCUCUGCGAUAACUGAAGGAGGAGAGGAGGAGGAGGAGGAGGAGGGAGGAAGAGGAGAAGGAGGAGGAGGUAACAGUGGUGGUGGUGACAGCAGCAAAAGAGGCUGCUAGUUUCAUGUUUGUACAUACUGGGGCAUCAGGUGACUGCUUUGUAAACAGUCAAAUUUUUCAUAAAUAUAUAUGUAUGUAUAUUUAUCAGAUGUAUUAUAAUGUAUAUACUUUAAGUAUGUUGUACAUCAUUGUUCUUUCUACAUCAUCUUAGAAUAACUAACUUCUUUUACAAAUGCUUCAUAUUUGUACUAUUGUUUUAGCUAUAUUAAUUUUUCUAUGUUUAUCACGAAACACUUCGUCACUUUUUUUUUUUUUUUUUUUUUUUUUUUUUGUGUGUGUGUGUGUGUGUGUGUGUGUGUGUGUGUGUGUGUAAAGUGAAUGUUCAUCUCACACUGAUCUUCUCAGGUAUGAGGACAUGUUAUCAGUAUCAUUACACAGACUGACAGUAAACAGUGCCCAAAUGUUCAAAGUAUUGAUUGGUGUUUGAGAACACAUAGAGGCAUUUCCAUAGAGGCUCCUCAGACUAUGAUCUGCAAAAUGUAAACAAUAGGUCUGAAUUGCAACAUAUGUUUCUUUCAUUGUACAACUCUAGUGUGUGAAAUUUUUUAAUUCUAUAUUUACUGGCCAGGGGAAAGAAGAGGGCAUGAAAAGCACACUGUAUACAUGCACAUUGCCUAUUGCAUUCUCUGACUUACCUAGGGAAAAGAAGAAAAUUACAGGAGUAUAGUCCUAGGUAUUUGUUGUUUGAGACAUAGGGCAUAGCAGAUUGUGGAAUGAAGUGCCUCAUGUGGCAUUGUUUUUGUCAGUAACCAAAAGACU